CAUGCCCUUCAGAUGAGUAUGUGAAGGAGGAAUCAUAAUUUCCUGGCCGCUUAAUAUUUGGGAGAAAAAAACAAUUGUGUCUGAGUUGUACUAAUCCGCCAUGGCUGGAAGCUUUGCAACUUUGCCAAUACAAGAAACGGAUGUUACAGUUCUAAAGGAAACGAUUCGCUCUCAACGGCAACUUCUUCAGACGCUAUAUUCUGAGCUCGACGUCGAAAGAGAAUCCUCCGCGACCGCCACAAACGAAUCUUUGUCGAUGAUCCUGCGGCUGCAAAGCGAGAAGGCGUCAAUGAAGAUGGAAGCAAUUCAAUACAAGAGAUUGGCUGAAGAAAAGAUUGGUCAUGCCGAGGAAUCUCUAGCAAUUCUCAAAGAACUUAUAUAUCAGAAAGAAAUGGAGAUCUCUUCCCUUGAGUUCCAACUUCAGGCUUAUAGGUAUAAGCUUCUAAGCUUGGGGUGUGAAUGUGAUGAUUUGAAUGAUUUCGGAAAACAGUUUACUUCGAAUCCACUUGCAGAAAGCAAUGAUGCAUUCAAUGGAGAAAAGGGUAUUAAAUCUACUGUUAGACGACUGACUUCUUUGCCUGCACGUCUACCAGUAGAUUUCUCUUCAAAGAAGGAUACUAAUGAUGGAGAAAACAAUCCAGCACCGGUGCAGGAUUUGUGUUCGAGGACGGAUGCCGGAAAUUCCGACACGGUAGUUCGCGCUCAGGUCUUGGGUCCGAGGGGAAGCUCUGUAAAUUCAGCAGCUGGUGAAUUCAAUUCUUACUUGGAACAGAUCAGAUUGUUGGAUGAAAAGGUGAAACAGAUUGCAGAUUGUAAAGAAGUUGGUCUAAAGAAAAUUUCAAAUGGUAAGGUUGAAUCAGUGUCCCUAAAUCCUAGCUCAAUGAAUGAAUAUCAUAAAAUAAAAUCUCAUGAAGAUUCAAAAGAAUUUCCCAUUUCAAGUUUUUGUAUCUCCUCUGGUGUUGUUCAUGAUGUAUUUGAAGUUCCAGUUAUACAUGAAGUUCCUGAAACCAGUGCGGAAGGCAAAACUUGCUUUGACGUGGAAAAGUGUAAGGGUAAGUCGGUUUUGGAAAGCGAUGAUCGGCUUACUAAGCCGGAUUUGAUACUGGAAGAUAUAUUGGGAUUACCUGUUAAAGAUGAAGUUGACUGGAUAAAGAUGAAUAACUUUCUAUGUGCAAAGCCUGAGGGAAAAUUGCCUGCUGAAUAUGGAACUGAAUGCAUUAACGUAAAUAAGUUGCUGAUUACGGCUGCCGACAGCAAAUCGGCUCUUCAUGACUUAGCCGCCGGUGUUACCGACUAUCAAUCUGAGUUGAAUCAACUUAGACAGAGAGUUGAGAAGCUUGAGAGUGGAAGAAACAAUACAAGGCAUGUAAUUGUAAAAAGAAGUGAGGAGGAACUGAAUUUGUUGGAGGAUCUAAGAGAACAGCUGAAUUCAAUACGAUCCGAGAUGCAAAGUUGGAAACGGAAGAAACCGCCCUCUCCUUCGGACGAGGUGUCUCUAGUUCCUCUCACAGAGGCAAUGAUGUUCUGUUGGUUGUAAUUAAGAUGUUGGAAUCAACAAAAACAAGCUGCAGUGAUAUCAAGGCUUGAUGAAUGUUGCACAUAUACUGUAUAAUGGUAUCUUUGGGUCAUGGUGAGUGCUGUGACAAAAUAGAUGUUUUUUCCCCUAAAAAAACAAGAGAUUGUUUUGCAUAUACAAUGAACAUGAUACAAAAAUUGCAUGCAGAAGCAGAGGUUUGUUUGAGCAUUUUCAUGUUUAUAUUUUCCACCUGAA